AUGGCAAUGAAUAUCGGAUAUAUGGUCAUGGGCACCUGGAAGCAUUUUUUCAGGGAGAGAGAGCAAUCACAGAUUGAAAUGUCGCCGCCCUCUGCGGUGGGCAGCGAGGGUGAAAGCAAGAAGAAGAGGAAGACAGAGGACGGGACGUCCGGUGUAUCGCUCGUGGACCACGCCCGACUCGUGGAGAAACUAAAGACAGCCAAGCAGAGGGUUGUGAACCUGGAGCAGGAGCUCCAGAUUGAGAGGGCAUUGUCACGAAGACUGCAGGAGCAGCUGCUGGCACUGCUGGGGGAGAAUGCCCCUCCUGGCGGUGUUGGGCCAGCUCCUCCAGCUUGCCCAGCAGCAGUUCCUGCUGCCGGUGCUCCUGCUCCAGUUCACAUGCGAGCUGGUGUGGCUCAUGCUCCACCCAUGCCGGCCGCUGAUGUUGCUGCUCCAGCAGCGGACCAUGUGGCAGGCCCACCGGAGGCACCUCCCCAGUGUGUAGCAGUGCUUGGAGAGGUCAAUGGCGAGGUUCACCUUGGCCAUGGUGUUCUAGUGGAAAAGGAGAAGCUUUCAUACAUCAUGGGAGCCCGGGGGGACUCCAUGUUCAUCAAGGAGGCGACCAAGCUGGUCUUCGGCCGGGAAAACUUGAAUGGCCGAAGUACGACUGGGGUGCCAUGCCGGCGCUUUAAGGGCGCCGUGGCCAAGAGGGCGCUGACACCGGCCAAGUUGGGAGCAGCCCGGAAUGCCUUCAACGAGUACAUCCGGAGACAUCCACGGGAGGCAUCUCCGGGGAAGAGGGCAGCCCAGAUGAACCACUAUGUGCGGGAGCUGCUGCAGGAUAUUAACAAAAAGCUUGACUUCUAG